AUGAAUUCCUGGCAAGCAAUUGCGAAAAGCAAGCAGGAAUCGCUCAGAGCUGCCAUUCCGUCGGAAUGGAUAAUUCCUGCCCAUCUUCUUCCCCCAGAGCAUCAAACAGACGUCACAUCUUUCCCGCGACAGUCUGGAUGGUUCACUAACAGAGAGCUCGAGAUCUUGUCCACCUCAGCGCCUAGGAUCUUGGCCCAUUUGGAAACCGGGUCAUGGACAUCGGAGGAAGUGACAAAAGUGUUCUGUAAGGCUGCCGCAGCGGCUCACCAAUUGACGAAUUGCCUCUCCGAGAUCCUCUUCGACGAAGCCAUCGCUCGAGCCAAGCAAUUAGAUGACCACUUACGCAAGACAGGAAAGCCGAAAGGUCCAUUCCAUGGCCUCCCAAUCUCCCUCAAGGACAACUUCAACAUCAUCGGCAAGGACUCCACGGUGGGCUUCACAUCGCUCGUCAAUGACCCCGCCACAUACAACAGUACCCUCACAGAUCUCCUCCUGCAGGGCGGAGCAGUGCUGUACGUGAAGACGAACGUGCCCACUGCGAUGAUGAUCGCCGAGACCGUCAACAAUGUCUUCGGCCGGACCGUGAAUCCCCUCAAUCGGAAACUGACAUCCGGUGGCUCGUCCGGGGGUGAAUCGGCGCUCAUCUCAUUCGGUGCGAGUCGCAUCGGCGUUGGGACUGACAUUGGUGGCUCUCUCCGCAUCCCAGCCGCUUGUACAGGUAUCUUCACACUGCGGCCUUCCUUUGGACGAUUCCCGAACUUCCAAACGCGAUCCGGACUGGCGGGUCAAGAAGCCGUGAACAGCGUUAAUGGUCCCAUGGCACCGACAUUGGAGGAAAUCACAUUCUAUUCCAAGACCGUCAUCGACCAAGAGCCUUGGGUUAACGACCCGAAGUGUCUCCCUAUCCCAUGGCGCCCAGCUGAGCCAAAGCACCGACUCAAACUAGCUGUAAUGUGGAACGAUGGCAUCGUCACUCCCACACCGCCCGUAGCUCGUGCCCUGAAGGAAACAGUCGACCGACUAAGAAAGGCCGGCCACGAGGUAAUCGACUGGACGCCAACAGGGCACAAGGAAGCACGAGAGCUUCUACAACGCAAGUUCGUCGCCGACGGCGGCAAGUCAGUGCGUGGGCUGCUGGCACCGACGGGGGAGCCGUUCCGGGAGGAAAUGCGAGAUUACGAGAAAGCCACGGAGCUUGGUGUCCAUAAAAUGUGGCAGAUUCAUCUUGAGCGGAAUAAUCUACAGAAAGAUUAUCUUCACCGAUGGAAUACUAGUGGGAUUGAUGGAAUUCUCUGUCCAACAACCCCAUACAGCUCCGUGGAGCACGGUAAGUUUGCGUAUGUGGGAUAUACUGGUGUAUUCAAUAUCCUCGACUACCCUGCUGUUUCCUUCCCUUGCGGUGUGAAGGCCAGCAAGGCUUUGGAUGCGUCGUAUCACAGCCACAAGGCAUUGAGUGAUGUAGAUGCCAGGAUACAGGGUGAUUAUAAUGCAUCUGCAGUUGACGGGAUGCCGGUCAGCCUGCAGUUAGUGUCACGGCGACUUGAAGAAGAAAAGGUCCUUAUGAUGACAGGAGUGGUACUACAGGCCGUAUCUACCGGCUGGAAGUCCAAGCUGUAA